GGCAUUCUUUGAUGACGUUACACCGGAUAGGCUGCAAACCCGGAACUGCUACUCUCUUCAAGCUAGCUGCUUCUGAUUUAGGAGAAAAAUAUGACAGUUUCUCAGUAAAAUAAAAUCUAAAAAAUCCUUUUAUCUACAGCACAAAGCUGAACUACACAAACACCAUUAUUUUGAAGUAGGAAGUUGGCCGUGUUUUGCAGCCGUAGUGUAGGUAACUAGGCUGGUCAUUUGUGUUUACGGUCGUUUCAUUUGAUCAUUUCUCAGCUGGUCUGCGCACAGGAUCGGAAUGAUGGACGGUGAGGUGGACGGCCCGGGGAUGGAGGACUCCGGCCCUGGCAGGAGGCGCCGGGUCCACGGCAUGCUGAAGCUGUACUACGGUCUGAACGAGGAGGGAAAGGCCGACGAGAAACCGGAGUCUCUGGAUCCCUGUGAUAUCAACGGGCCGCAUUUCGACCCGGAGCUCUUCCUCAACAAGGUGAGGGUCUGCUACUGGUAUAAGUACUGUGAACACAGGGGGGACGACUAACAUAAUGGCCCCUGCAAUGUAUUAUGAUAAUGGUUUGUCUCGUACCAGUGUUAUCAUUUAUUGGCCUGGUUUGUUUGUCAUAUUAGUUUCGAGAUAGUUCUCAUAGAGGCUUGUUGCUGUCCCCGGUACCUGGCACCUGUCUUAAAAACACCAAUACCCAGAGUGCCUUCUGCUAUGAUGUAAACGCACACUAGAAAGUACAAUAGAGGAUUAACCAUAGACUGUAUAUGAGAUAAGAUAAGAUCUUAUAUAGUCUAUGGGAUUAACACGCUUAUUAACAUGUCUAUAGUCUUUGUUUAAAAUCGUAUAAACCACAAAAUUCACCCAGCUUUCAUAAACCUAAUGACAUAAAUGAAGAUGUGUUGAUUUAAUAUUUUCUACAUGUCACAGAAAUAGUCAAAAAAAAGUUUUUGUAUUUACUUUUUUCAGCAUGUGGUGACACCAUAGACUGUAUAUUCUAUACUAUAUACUAUGUAUGUAUAUGUAUAUACUAUACUAUGUAUUAUAUACAGUCUAUGGGUGAUACAGUGAUGACAAAAUAUUGCUCUCCAAAGCCAGCACUGGGUUUCACAUUUCCAUUCUUUAGUGUGUGCACAGGAGGAGUAAGUCAGAGCCAGCCCAAGCCUCAAUGGGGCCCUAAGCAAAAUUUGAUUCUGGGGCCCUCUAUUUCAGCCAGUAAUAUUAAUUGUUGAUCAUUCACACACCUUCACAAAUCUCUUUGAUUAACAUUCCAUGACAUGCAAACAUACCUCUAUCUUGGUGUUUUUUCUCCUAUUCCUCUUUCUUCCUCUUUCUUUUCUCUGCUCUUGAAGGAUAUGUCCUUUUUUGCAACAUUGUUUUGCCCCAUAACUACCUGCGCUUUUGAUGCUUAGUGCAUAUUGCCCAGCAGAAGGCCUGUAACGGCAGCAGUAAGAAUCAUAGGCCUACAUCAGCAGCAGCACUAAAAAUGUUUUUACUUUAUUUUAUUUUUACAAUUUGAUUAUACAGAAAGCACCACUCAUACAUGCAAAAAAAAUUAAUAUAUUAAAAAUCUUUUUGAUUGCUUUUGGGGGGCCCCCUAUUGGCUGUGGGGCCCUAAGCAAAGGCUUAGCUCGCUUAUGCCUUGGGUCGGCUCUGGAGUAACUUGACAAUUACACAGUGCUGCAACUGACGCUGGGUUGAAAAAGCUAAUGUGUGGUUAUUUUGUGUUUCUGUGCAGCUCAGACGAGAGUGCUCUCUUGGAGAGCUGAUGGAUCAGGAGACCUGCAUGGUUAAGCAGAUCCGCUCUUUGGACAGUGACAUGCAGACGCUGGUGUAUGAAAACUACAACAAGUUCAUAUCUGCAACAGGUGAGGGGAUAUUUCGUUUACUGUUGUAAUGCAGUUCAAAUGAAAGGUGAUGGUUUGGCCUCGCGGUUAGGAUGCACACUCAAACUGAGGCUGGGUUCCUGAAACAGGCAAUCUAGAUUCCAGCCUGCAGCACCUUUUCGGCAUGUCAGUCUCAGCUGUACCACUGGUUUCUCUGGUUGCCCUGUCCUGUCCUCUCUGAAUGGGGCAUAAAAGCCUAAAAGAUAUUUUUCACAAAAGCCUUUUAAAUGUCUAAUAUUGAUUUUGAUGAAUGUAAACUAAACAAUUUUGUGAACUGUUUUCCCAUCUUUUUUCAGACACUAUCAGAAAAAUGAAGAAUGAUUUCAAAAAGAUGGAGGAUGAAAUGGAUUGCCUAUCUGCAAACAUGGCAGCAAUCACUGAGUUCAGUGCCAGUAUCAGUGGAACUCUCCAAGAUCAGCACGCACAGAUCACUAAACUCUCAGGUGAGCACUGGCAGUUGGCUUUGUGUUUUCAGAAGAAGGGGGGCUUCAGGGUGGUCAUUGACAGGAUUUCGUCUUGCCGUAUUCCUCCUCAGGGGUCCACACUCUGUUGAGAAAGCUGCAGUUUCUCUUUGAGCUGCCUGCCAGGUUAAAUAAGUGUCUGGAGCUGCAAGCCUACGCUCAGGCUGUGAGAUCUCACCGCCGUGCCCGCUGUGUGCUGCAGCAGUACAGCCACCUGCCCUCUUUCAAGGGGAUCCAGGACGACUGUCACGCCAUCAUGGACAAGCUGGCACAGGAGCUGAGGCAGAAGUUCAGGUGAGAAUCUCUGCUUGGAUACAGAUUAGAGACACACCUGUGAGGGAACAUCACACGGAGAGUCGAUUUUUAAUUCUGCUGCAGUAAAUCCUACCCAAAGUGCAAUUGCUUUGUAAAUAUCAUGUCUUGAAAAUACAAAUACUCAUCUUCUCUCUCAGACUGAUGCCAAUAUUUUUCCUACUUUCAUUUAAAUCAUCACAUUUCAACAUUUUGUAAAGAUAUCUAUGCUCAAAUAAAAAGUCUGUUUUUAAUAUGCAAUAACACAGAUUUUUUUUUGUCCCCACUGGCAGUUGCGCUUAUCCAUACAGAAUGUAAGGAAACAGAUUUAUAGUGACUUAUUGUACCUUGAAGAUCAACUCCUUUUUUGUCCCGUGUUGUUGCUUUUUCAGGGAUGGUGGCUCAAGCGCCAAAGAUUUAUCAGAGUGUGUUGAGCUGCUGCUACAGUUGGAUGAGCCAGCUGAAGAGCUCUGUGAUAAAUUCCUGAGCCAUGCACGCUCUCGACUUGAGUUGGACUUGCAGGGUCUGGAAGCAGAGAUAAGACCGUACCCGUCCUCCUCAGCCGUGAAAGAUGUAUCCGCACGCAGGCCGUCAUCUGCAGCCGCUGGAUCUUCCGCUGAUAACUCCCCUAAAACCAGCGCUAUACCCUCUCCCACCUCAAAUACCGACAUCUUGGAAUUCAUUGACAGAGGCUGUAAUGAGUUUGUAAGCAGCUUAUGUUUGGUGAUCACGUCCUAUCAGGAACUAUUCAUCAACCAUGCUCAGACAGGAGAGCUAGCAACCAAGAAUAUUCCUCAGAUGGCAAAUGGUAAGCUUCACGCCUUUGUGGAUGAUCUGGCUGCAAGGUAUUUCUCACUGGUGGAGCGGAGGAUACAAGAGGAGAAAGGGGUGGCAGAUAACUCCCUCCUGGUCCGUGCCCUCGACCGCUUCCACCGCAGACUUCAGGCAGUGGCGAAACUGCUGCCCGGUUCUGCAGUACCAAACCAGGGGACUGAGAUAGUGAUACGGGCGGCGACAGAGCGGGUCAAGCAGUACCUCUCUGCCCUGCAGAGCUUCUACAUGGACAGCCUGACAGAUGUGCGGCAGGCCCUGGCCACACCUCGGCUCUCUGUGGCCAGUGCUUCCGUCUCUGGAGGCGGAGCUCUUCAUGGAGGGUCGGCCUCCAGCAGAGACGCCCCAACCAGCCUGCCAGAGCUGCUGUCCUCCUUAUCAGCCUCCAUCCUCAAUCAGAUUAAGUCUGUGCUUGCAUCUGUGCAUCUCUUUACAGCUAAGGACAUCACAUUCUCCAACAAGCCGUACUUCAAGGUGAUUUUUAUUUCUUUGCCAAAAUUGUCAGCUUCCUCUUAAUACACAAGCAGAGUGAUAAUGACAGUACCUUCUUCUCCUCGCAGGGUGAAUUCUGCAGUCAGGGUGUGCGUGAGAGCCUGGUGGUGAGCUUUAUAAAGUUUGUGUGCCAGUCUUCUCGGCAGUUCUGUGAGAGUGCAGGAGACAAAGGAGGUUCUACUCCUCCAGCCCUUCUGCUGCUGCUGUCCCGCCUCUGCCUGGACUAUGAAACCUCGACAAUCUCCUACAUACUCACCCUCACAGAUGAGCAGUUCCUCGUGCAGGUAAACAAGACUUAUCCUUCUUUUACAAACACAUUGGCUUUAAAGAAAUGACAAUAAUUCACUAUUAAAUAAAUGUGUAAAUGAAGGUAUUCUCCUCUAUGUACUCCCUCAGCACCACAGUCCAGUAACACCUGUUACAAGUUUGUGUGCAGAAGCCAGGGAGGCAGCACAGAAACUGCUGAAUCAUUAUGUGAAGGUAGGUUUUCCCUGACUGUUACUUUCGGUGCUUCUGGAAAAUGAUUCAUAGGUGCAGGACAACUCUCUUUACAAAACUGUUUUUAUUCAUCUGUUUUUUUUUUUGCAGGUCCAGGGACUGAUCAUCUCUCAAAUGCUGAGAAAGAGCGUGGAAACACGAGACUGGGUUAACACCAUCGAGCCACGAAAUGUCCGUGCAGUGAUGAAGAGAGUGGUAGAGGACACCACCUCCAUCGAUGUGCAGGUUAAAGAUGAAUUAACAUCUUCAUUAUUAAAACUACUCAUUAAGCUUCCAUGUCCACAUGUGAGCUGACUGUCUCUUAUUUGCCUCUCUGUGCUCCUCGACAGGUUGGCCUUUUGUACGAGGAGGGUGUGAGGAAAGCACACAGCAGUGACUCCAGCAAAAGAACUUUCUCUGUCUACAGCAGCUCGAGGCAGCAAGCCCGCUAUGCUGCCAGCUACACCCCAAGGUAAACCAACUGAUUGUAGUUUCCCUGCAGUUUAGGUUUGUAGAGAGAGCUCUGAUUUAGCAGAAAAACACCCCAAACUGGGGGAAGAUUUUAUCAUGUAUUUGUCUACAGUACAUGUUUGCAGAUGCAGCAUAAAAAGGCAGACUCUCCAAGCAGGGUAAGAGUUUUUGGUAUGAGAGGAGGUCUGGAGUCUGUAUGUUUGUAGGAUUAACAGUUACAUGUCAGCAGGCUUUGGUGUGUGGAGGAAAAACAGAAUGUACAGAGAGAAAAAGCAAAGUGAGGAGAUGAUCCUCUGAAACCAUAUUCUCGCUUCCAUCAGUGUUAGUCUGUCAGUAGUUUGUUUAUUUACAAACAGAACUCUGCAUGCAAGUGCAACAAGCAACUACCAUUCAAGAUCCAAAAUUUCACCCUGAGCAACAAAUCUGCUUGGUGUUAUGUUACUUAUAUCACCACGUCUCCUUCAAUCUUAAGUGCAUCAGAUGUAGUGGGCCCAACCAUUGGGUGGAGAAGUCUUUUUAAAGUUGUUUCCUCUUUUUGAAGACAGAUCUAAAGUCUUACUUCACACAAAUCUGCAUCUUGAUGCUAAUUCAGACACUCAAGACACAUUUUUCGCAAUAAAUCACAAGAAAAGCUGUGUCUCUUGGACUCAUAUGACUGAAGUAUAGCAAGUUGGUGCUUUACUGUUUACAAUGAAACUGAGACCCACUGGAAUCAGAUGAACCAGUGAUAUUUAACAUUUUUCAGUGUAAUAUAAGUAAUUCUGAUCUUCUCGAAGCAGCAAAUUAAGCAUAACUAAUAAGUAGAAUUUUGAACAUUUGUUGUUUAGGUCCAACUUCAUAAAAAAAACAUCUCCUAUAGCUGAAAGCACUUUUCUUGUUUACAGUCUGCCUCUGCUGAACUGCAUUUAUGAUGUUGCAUCCAUCUGUUAACAUGAAGGUUGACAGAAAUAACUCCUGAAGUCGUGCUAUAAAGAAAGCUAGACUUCAAACCUUUGCUCCUUUCUCACCUCCACACAGCUUGACCAGUCAUGGUGGGAAGUAGGCGGAAAUGCCAGAUUGUCAGUUUUAGAAACUUAAAGAAAUGAAGGGGCUCCUCCUCUGCUGAUAUUUUACUGAUUUUCUGAUCUUAUCAGAGAUUAAAGUGGCAUUCAGUAUCUGCUUUUUUCCCUAUUACUAAAUGCCACAGCUGCCUAAAGUAAUGACAUGUCUUCUCUCUCUGAGUGGCAUGGUGAGAUUGUGUGUCACAGGAAUACAGACAGAUUCAAGCAGCUGAUCUGUAUUAUCUCCUCCACUCUCACUGUAGGAGAGACUUGUUUCUGUGCCGUCUCUAAUCACAAAACAAGGUCAUGGUUUUAAUUGUGGAUUUGUUUGAGCAGUUUGACUUUUUCCUGCAGCGCUCCCAUGGAUACUAAUCUGCUGAGCAACAUACACAAGCUGUUCUCUGAGAGGAUCGACAUCUUCAGCUCAGUGGAGUUCAACAAGGUGAGUGCAGAGCUUUGUCAUGCUGAUGUCUAGCCGUCCAUGAAAACCCUCUCAAAACACCUCUGUCUCCUCGUGCCAGGUCUCUGUGAUGACAGGAAUUAUAAAAAUCAGUCUAAAGACAUUCCUGGAGUGUGUCCGCCUUCGCACGUUUGGCCGUUAUGGGCUGCAGCAGAUCCAGGUGGACUGCCACUACCUGCAGAUGUACCUGUGGAGAUUCGUCUCGGAUGAAAACCUUGUUCAUUUCCUGCUUGAUGAGAUAGUGGGAAGCUCCGCCCACCGCUGUCUGGAUCCUGCCCCAAUGGAGCAGAGUGUGAUCGAGGUCAUCUGUGAAAGGGGUUGAAGCUCAAAGUGCAAGAACGCUGUUUCACAAACAGACUGAAUAUCAAUGUACACUCAAAUCCUGCAUCUAAAAUAAACCUGUCUCUGUGUGACGUCACAUCUCAACUUUAACUUUAUUGAUACAGACUACCGUGAUAAAUCAAAAGUUACGCACAAAUGCUCAAACGUUUAUGAAGAUCUCAACUUACCUAUCAGUUUUCAGUGAGAAAAUGAUGACUGUCUGUGCUGUAACAGUUUAUUCUCCCUUAUCUGGUUUUGUAGAUAGCUCUUUACAGCUAUCCUUCAACACUACAAAAAAACAAACAGCACUUGGUUUCUAUGUUACCACAAACUCAAAUUCUGAUUGUCAGUGAAUUUUGGUCAGAGCUGCAUUACACUCUGCAUUGCAUUUGCCUUACAAAGGGCAUGUAAAUCUCCAAUACUUACUAAGUAUUAAUGUUCAGAGUCAUUUACAAACCAUGAAAUAUAAGAUGAGAAACUCUGUCAUCUCCCCUGUUUGCUCAGAAAAAUGACUGAAUAAUCCAUGAUACGCCCAAGCUUUUAUUCGCUGAAGGAAAUGUGUUAAAUGUGAAUGCAGAGUGUGAAUGAUUAAAGUAAAAAGUUAUGUUGUGAAAGUCUUGUGUAAUAAAAGAAAAUGCUUUGGGGCCUUUUUUUUGAAUGAUUUGCAAUCUGAAUGUCGUGAUUAUGUCAUCUGUCUAACACUAAAAUAAAUAUAAACAGAUUUACAGUG